AUGUCGUCAGUACCCACCAAACGAGUCCAUUGGGAAGAUGACUUCGACCGUAACAGCGCCCACCACCGCGCGCCCUUCUACGUGACGCUCCUCGUCGACCCGACAUCUCCCUCCCAGGACCAGUCUCUUCCCCCAUCCCCCAUCUCCUCCAUCUCGUCCCCCAAACACCGGCAUUCACCUCCCCCGCGUCCGUGUCUCCGCCCGCCGACAACCUUCAAGCAAGCAGCCCACCAUCGAGCACCCUCUCCUUUCCCAGGACCCCGCCGUCAAUCGAUACUGCAUCACCCCGUGACAGAACGAGCGACCCGAACGCCCCUGCCGUCCACAACGCGUCUCUCCAUCCACCGCGCGUUACGCUUCGGAACAUGCCAGCCCAUUGACUUCUUCUCCCCAGGCCGCGUCGUGGCGCACCCCCAAGUCGCGUACGAACCCGCGUCUAAACCGGCCUUUCAGAGGGUCUCUAUCCUUGUCGAGAUAGACAGAAUCGAGAGGUUCAACAUCGAGAUCGUCCGCAAGGACGGGAUCCUCACUGUCGAGGACAUCCUCACGUGGGCGCAGAGGGUGUUAAGGGAACGCCUCGAGCCAAGAGUGAUGGGUGGCUGCUAUAGAGAGGAAUGCAGGUGUGGUUGUGGGCGAUAUGUUGAUAAGAAGAGCGAUUUUACGACGGUCUUCGAUGGGUUGAGUAUGAGAGCCGCUGGCGGGGACAUCAAUAAGUGGAGGAUGCACUUGAGGAGGGUAAAGUCCAGAGCAUAG